AUGGAUAUUUCAUUUAAUUGUUACAUCUUAACACCCUCAAGCGACGAUGAUUCUGAAACUUUUCCGGUUGAUAUUUACAGAGACAAUAAGAAUAAAAGAUAUUUCCAAAGUAAUAAAGCAAAGAUCACCUUAGCCAAUUUCAAAGUUUCACAUCUCAAGGAACACAUAUGUAAUAUAUAUGAUAUUAAAAAAGUUGACCAACGUAAAGUGAAAUUCUGGAGAGUUAAUGUCAAAGCAGAAAGGAUUGAAAAUAACAAUAUUUCUACCAAAGAUGAAAUUGUACAUAAACUUGAAGGACAAAAAAUGAGAGAUAAUGACUUGUUUAAUGAGUAUUUUAAAGUUGAAUUAGCAAAUCAGAUUGUAAUGGAAAACAUACAUAUUAUUACUAUCAUCCCCACCAUUGUAAUCCCCGCCACUGUAAGUCCUUCUCAGCAAGGAAUUUCACAAGGCACAUUAUCUUUUUUCCGUAAACGUCCUUCACUCUUAAAGUACAAUCUCCCUGGAGGAAUGUCUGGAUGUGGAAAAAUGAGGACUUGUUAUGAAUUACUUUGUGAAAACUGGGGGCUUUAUUUUGUUACGUCUAGAAAAGGAAAUGGAGGUUCAGCUGACAUCGAUAAAAUCCAAAGUUAUCUUGAUGCGAAUAUGACAGAAGAUUUUGACAAAAACCGCAAAUAUGCAUUAGAAAUUAUGCGUUGCACAAUUCUCUCCCGACUCUUUAUACUACGCCAUUGUUUAAAAAAUGCAUCUGCAUUCAAUAAACAGCGUUGGCUUCUAAUACAAAUUUGUCAAGAUACGUUUGGAAAGCUUUAUGAUUAUAAUGAUAAUAUGUUUGUUGCCCUUAUGUUUCAACUCAAUACUUGCACAUCAUCGUCUGUAAUGACUUACAUUGAUAACAUAUAUCAAGAAAUUUCAGAUAGCAAAACGUUUGUCAUUAUUCUUGAUGAAACUCAAGUACUCGAAACAGUACUUAAGGGAAAGUUUAAAUCACGAAUAACAUUGAGAGAACCAGCACCAUCAAUGGUCAAUCAUUGUGUCAUUCCGUGUGAUACUGGACUCAAAAUUUUUUCUCUUGAGGAUGUUCUUAUUACAGGAAUUUCGAAACCAGAAACUGAGAUAUCUAAAUUUACAGAGUUUGAAGGGUGGCAGGAUAUUGCUCAUGUGAAGAACUAUGUUAAUAAUCUUGUGAAUAUUAUUAUGGGUUCUCCGGCUGAAGAUGCUGUUAAUGCACAUUGGAAGGUCUUAACAAAGGCUUAUAACAAUGAUAAAUCACUAUAUAACCAGCUAUGUAGGAUCAUUGAAAUGGAAAGACCUAAUCAUGUGCUGUCAACUAAUAUUCCUAAUUUGUAUAAAAGCGUAACACUUGCCUAUUACUAUUCUGGAGGGCCAUUUUUGUUCACUGAUAUUAGUCAAAUGUCAUUAGUUGAAAGUGGUUUCGGGCGUCUCCGGUUUGUAAAUCCACCUACUAUUUCUCACCUAAAGCAAGAAUGUAAAGGUAUAGAUGAAGAUAAGUUGCGAAUCUCAAGUGUGAAUGUAGAUUUAUUACAUCCUGUAUUGGAAGGGAAGAAAUCUUUAGUUGCUUAUGUUGACGAACCCUUUGCUCUCACUGCUUUCUUCAACUUCUUUAAAGAUCACGAUAGUCUACCAAAAGAAAUUUUAAAUAUUAUGUCCAUAGUCAAUAAUGCGAGUUCAUGGGGAACAUUAUGGCAAAUUUAUUUAACUGAUGAGUUUGAGCGAAUGUUUAAUGGAAAGCUUAAUAUUAGAAAUAUGCUUGUAUUUGCUGAAGUUGCUAAGAAAUAUGACUUGCCUGCAUUCUGUAUAGGAUCACCAAAGAUUGCCAAAUCCUCUAAUGAUACCGUCCUACGAGUAGCAAAUGCAUCUGCAGGUUACACAUUGGAGAAAUUCUUUAAUGAAUCGCCUGAGACGUGUCCAACAUUUUAUUUUCCAGAGGAUCGUUAUGGUCCUGACCUUAUCUUUUUUGUUGAAUUUGAGGAAGUUACGGUUCCAGUUUUUGUUCAAAUGAAAUUACGUUAUUCAGUUAAAGAAAUGGCGGGAGCACUUAGUACGAUCCAUCCAGAUAUGUUUUACAAGGAUAAAAACAGAAAGGUUUAUAAUGAGGAAUCAAAUAAACACAUAAUCAAUAAGAUAAUUAAAAUAUGUGAAGUUAGCUCUAUUGGUUUAUUGGUCGCCUAUCCGGCUGAUGUAUUCCAAGAAUCUUAUGUCACAAAUAAUCAUCCAUAUGAUAUAAAGAAUCUAUCAAGCAAUUAA